AUGGAGGACUAUAAAUUCAGAGAACAUGGAUCUGCUCUUGAUAAAUACGAAAGGCUCGAGAAGUUAGGAGAAGGUACCUACGGAGUCGUCUACAAAGCUAAGGAUAAGACCACUGGCGAAAUUGUAGCACUUAAGAAAAUCAGACUUGAGAAGGAAGAUGAUGGAGUUCCCUCAACUGCUAUCAGAGAGAUCGCCCUCCUCAAAGGCCUCAAGCAUCCCAACAUUGUUGAACUCAAAGAUGUUAUUUAUGAGGAUGAGAAGCUACAUUUGGUAUUUGAGUACCUAGAUUAUGAUAUUAAAAAGUAUAUGAGAAAAGUCGGUGGUCCCUUGCCAAUGGAAGAAGUAAAGAGUUUUACCUACCAAAUUCUUCAAGGAAUUGCAUUCUGACAUGCUCAUAGAGUAAUGCAUCGGGAUCUCAAGCCUCAAAACCUUCUACUUGAUAAAAAUGGUGUUCUAAAGUUAGCAGAUUUUGGUCUUGCCAGAGCCUUUGCUCUUCCAGUGAAGACAUAUACUCAUGAAGUAGUGACUCUCUGGUACAGAGCUCCAGAAAUUCUAUUAGGACAAAAGAAAUAUUCAACACCAGUUGACCAAUGGUCGAUUGGUUGAAUUAUGACAGAAAUGGCUCAGAAGAAACCUCUCUUUGCUGGUGAUUCUGAGAUUGACCAAAUAUUCAAGAUAUUCCAAGUGCAAGGUACACCAACAAGCACUAAUUGGCCUGAAGCUCUUAAGCUAGAAUAUUUUAAAAAGUCUUUCCCUAAGUGGAAGGGCAAGGAUCUCGAAAAGCAUGUUGAAAAAUUAGAUGAAGAUGGUCUGGACCUCCUCGAAUCCCUUGUAGCUCUAGAGCCAAACAAAAGAAUUUCAGCGAGGAUGGCACUCAAGCAUCCUUUCUUUGAUGACAUGGAUAAGAGCACUCUGCCACAAUAUACUUAUUAAUUGCUAGAAUAUUCUGUGGGUUUUCAUAAAAUUCA